GUGGUUCUUGUGUGUAGUUUGGGCGUGGGUGUGAUACGGAAGGAGUCCAUGUCCAAAUGCGACAAAACCUGACUAUAUUCAGGUUUGGACUGAUGUCACAAGUAACAUUUGUCCUGUACAAGUACCAGGAUUUUGGAACACUAGUUUUUAUAAAGAUAUUCUACUAUGUGCCCCUGAAGGUCCAUCAAUCAACAAAUAUAUGGAAUCAUUUUGAAAAAAAUUGUUCUGUCUACAUAGCCUUGAACAAAAUGGAAGUGGAGGAAGCAAAUAAUUUAGCGAAGAAGCAUUCUCUGCUCAGUGAUGAAGAACAAACCAAAACUGAACAGUACAAAAGGAUCAAGCUUUCAGAACCUGGUAUAUCUUCAGACCAGUCUGGUAUUAAUAAGCAUGCUGAAGUACUUGAAGGUGGUUUGCAAGCAGUCCCUUCUAUACCAGAUGAGAAUACUGAGAAAGAAGGUGCGGAAGAAAUAGACAACGCUGUGUUUGAGGAAGAUGAAGAAGGUGAUGGAGACAGUUUUGCUGAUAUGAUGAAAUAUGGCUUAGUUGAGCAAGAUGUUGGAAUCACAAAAUUUGUCAGCACUCACCAAGGUUUCUCAGGAAUUCUAAAGGAAAGGUAUUCAGAUUUUGUUGUUCAUGAAAUAAACAAGGAUGGCAAAAUAGUUGUUCUGGAUGAUUUGUCUGUACCAGCUAAUGAUGAGGAACCUUCGGAGGACAUUUUUUCCAUUUUGUCCGAUGAAGACAAGCAGCAUUUAGAAGAUCUUCAACACUUUAAGAAUAAGGAAGACUCUGUUGUAAUAGAGGUAAUUGAAGAUACUAAAGAAAAAAGAACAAUUAUUCAUCAGGCCGUGAAAAGUUUCUUUCCUGGGCUAGAGACUAAAACUGAAGAAAGAGAUGGAAAAAAAUUUAUUGUAGCCUAUCACGUUGCUGGGAAGACUGCAUUGGCAAAUCCCAGAAAGCAUUCGUGGCCCAAAAACAGGGGGACCUACUGCCACUUUGUACUUUAUAAAGAAAACAAGGACACAAUGGAUGCAAUUAAUGUAUUGUCUAAAUUUCUAAGAGUAAAACCAAAUAUAUUUUCUUACAUGGGAACCAAAGAUAAGAGAGCUAUAACAGUACAAGAAAUUGCAGUUGUAAAAAUCACAGCAGAGAGGCUUUCUCAUCUUAACAAAUGUUUAAUGAACUUCAAGCUAGGGAAUUUCAGUUAUAAAAAAUAUCCCCUGAAGUUGGGCGAGUUGCAAGGAAAUCAUUUUACAGUUGUUCUGAGGAAUAUCACUGGAUCAAGUGAACAGGUAGAGCAAGCAAUGACUUCACUGAGGGACGUUGGAUUUAUUAACUAUUAUGGAAUGCAGAGAUUUGGAACAACAGCAGUUCCUACUUAUCAAGUAGGAAAAGCAAUUCUGCAUAACAAAUGGAGUGAAGUUGUGGAUCUAAUCCUAAAACCUCGACCUGGAGCAGAGAGAGGUUAUCUUGUAAAAUGCAGAGAAGAAUGGGCUAAAACCAAGGAUCCUGAGGCUGCACUGAAAAAGCUUCCAGUGAAACGGUGUGUAGAAGGACAGUUACUGCGAGGGCUGGCAAAAUAUGGAAUGAAGAACAUUGCAUCAGCAUUUGGCAUGAUUCCAAGAAACAAUCGACUAAUGUACAUUCACAGUUAUCAGAGCUAUGUGUGGAAUAAAAUAGUGAGCAAAAGGAUUGAAGAAUAUGGACUUAAAGCUGUGCCAGGAGAUUUGGUACUGAAAGGAGUAACAGCAGUUCCAAUUGAGGACUCUGAUGUGGAGAAACAUACUAUACAUGACGUAGUGAUGCCCUUGCCUGGAUUUGAUGUUCUGUAUCCAAAACAUGAAAUUGGCAAGGCUUACGAAGAAAUGAUGGCUGCAGAUGGCUUAGAUAUAAAUAAUAUGAAACACAAGAUUAGAGAUUAUUCCUUAUCAGGAGCAUACAGGAAGAUCAUUAUUCGCCCUCAGAAUGUCACCUGGGAAACUCUAGUGUAUGAUGAUAACAAAAUUCCAUUGGUUCACACUGAUCUGGAAAAGCUGGAAGGAACACCUAUGCCUGAAUUUUCUAAAGAUGGUAAAUAUAAAGCCCUGAAGAUGGAUUUCUCACUUCCUCCCUCCAGUUAUGCUACUAUGGCUAUUCGAGAGGUGCUCAAAAUAGACACAAGCAUCAAAAAUCAAACUCAGCUCAACACAGUCUGGUUGCGAUAACCUGAUAAUUGUUAUGAGAAUCUGUACGAAAAUGUAAUGUGCUGUAUUUCAAUGAGUAUUGUUUUGUAACAGUUGCUAAAAUGCUACUUUUAUUUUUAUUCACAUAAGCAAACUAAUUAUUUUAAGAUUGUUUUAACAUUGGAGAAUUGAUU